GCGCCCGCCUCGCAGCCCCACAUCGUCUUCAUCCUGGCCGACGAUCAGGGCUUCAGAGACGUGGGGUACCACGGAUCGGAGAUCAGGACGCCCACCCUGGACAAGCUAGCUGCCGAAGGGGUCAAACUGGAGAACUACUAYGUUCAGCCUAUGUGCACGCCAUCCCGAAGCCAAUUUAUCACUGGAAAGUACCAGAUUCACACAGGACUCCAGCAUUCCAUCAUACGGCCCACCCAGCCCAACUGUUUGCCUCUGGACAAUGUGACCCUACCUCAGAAGCUGAAGGAGGUUGGUUAUUCAACACACAUGGUUGGCAAGUGGCACCUGGGGUUUUAUCGCAAGGAGUGCAUGCCCACACAGAGAGGAUUCGAUACCUUUUUUGGCUCGCUGUUAGGCAGUGGUGAUUAUUACACGCAUUUCAAGUGCGACAGCCCUGGGAUAUGUGGCUAUGACCUGUAUGAGAACGACAAUGCGGCUUGGGAUCACGACAAUGGCAUCUACUCAACACAGAUGUACACGCAGAAAGUACAGCAAAUCUUAGCUUCUCACAACCCCAGGAAACCUAUAUUCUUAUAUAUUGCUUACCAAGCUGUCCAUUCACCUCUUCAGGCACCAGGCAAGUAUUUUGAACAUUAUCGAUCAAUAAAUAACAUUAACAGGCGAAGAUAUGCUGCCAUGCUAGCUUGUUUGGAUGAAGCCAUAAACAAUGUAACUCUUGCUUUAAAGAAGUAUGGUUACUAUGACAAUAGCAUUAUCAUAUACUCUUCAGAUAAUGGGGGGCAGCCAACAGCUGGAGGGAGUAACUGGCCUCUCAGAGGAAGCAAGGGCACCUAUUGGGAAGGAGGAAUMCGCGCUGUUGGUUUUGUUCACAGUCCUCUUCUGAAAAACAAAGGCUCUGUGUGUAAGGAGCUUGUGCACAUCACAGACUGGUUCCCCACUUUGAUCACUCUGGCAGAAGGGCAGAUUGAUGAAGAUAUCCAGCUGGACGGCUACGAUAUUUGGGAAACCAUUAGUGAAGGCAGGCGUUCUCCAAGGGUGGACAUCUUGCACAAUAUCGACCCCAUCUAUACCAAAGCCAAGAACGGAUCGUGGGCAGCAGGCUAUGGGAUCUGGAACACAGCRAUCCAGUCAGCCAUCCGAGUGAACCAUUGGAAACUACUGACAGGAAAUCCUGGCUAUAGUGACUGGGUACCUCCACAGGCUUUUAGCAAUGCGGGCCCUAAUCGCUGGCACAACGAACGUGUUUCCUGGUCAGCUGGCAAAACUGUGUGGCUUUUCAACAUAACUGCUGAUCCCUAUGAGCGGGUGGACCUGUCUGCAAGGUACCCACACGUGGUGAAGGAGUUACUGCAGAGACUUUCGCAGUUCAAYAAGACCGCAGUUCCUGUUCGAUACCCGCCUAAAGACCCUCGCAGUAACCCGAAACUUAACGGAGGAGUUUGGGGGCCGUGGUUUAAGGAGGAUGAAAAGAAAAAGAAAGGAGAUAAAAAUAAAGGUGCAAAUAAACAAAAGAAGAAGAACAAGAAAAAGGCAAAUAGGAAAAAAGGGCAAUCAUUUCGUUGCCAUACACAUCUUGAUGGUGGAUAGACAGGAGCACAUUCUGUGGCCGAGUCUAAGUCAGCUUGGCUCAGCCGUCUUGAACUUGGGACAGAACAUGCUGGGAAUGCCAGCUCUGCACUGAGGAUGAAAGCUGUCAUCUCUCCCUUUGUUCUCAAAUUUCACCUGCACGAGAUAUGUUGAGACUCUGCCUUGAGUGUAUGUAAAGAUGCACAGGACAAACUUUCUCCUCUGAAGGGUGAAUGGUGCUCAGCCAUCAGGACGACAUUCCAAAGAACAGUGGAGAUACUGCUGAACUUGAGUGAUCCCAUUUUUGAUGGACAAAUGGUGGGGAAAUUCCCUGCCUAGAUUAGUCUGAACAUUUGGAGAGAGAGAGAGAAGAGGUUUAUGGUARAUGUUCUCAAGCAGGCAGGUCAUUCAUAGGAAGAAAGGAAAAACAAAACUUGACAAAUUCUGUCGUUCAGAGUAUUAGUCAUCAGGCUGUGCCUCUUUUUUUGGUACGGCACAGCAAAAACACAAAGCCAUCAAACUAACUUCGUGUGUGUGUGUGUGUGUUAAGUGUGUUUGUUGGGGGCUGGGAGGGAGCGGGGAGAGCCUGAUAGGAAGAAAGCUGCUUGGAAUUGGACUGUCUGUCUUAUAUAAAUCGUAUAAAUCAGAACUUUUUUUUUAGUUCCCUAGAUGUGCUAAGCUCUCACUUCCAGUAAAACCAGAAAGCUGCUGUUCAGCACACAUGAACAGCUAGCACAGGCUUUGAAUAAUUUAUUAUAGGCAAAGACAAAAGCACGCCACCAAAGUGAAUGUAAUACUUAAACACUUUAAGCUAACUGUAGUACAGUACAUAAAAGACAUAAUUUAUUUUAUAGCAUGACAGUCUUCCAGGUACAGCACA